CUCUCUCUCUCUCUCUCUCUCUCUGGGUCGCCUAAACUGCUUUCCUAUCUUUCUUCUUCUUCUUCUUCUUUUGGGUUUUUAUUAAUCUCGUUCAAUUUUGGUGUGGCAGCUCGUCAUCUCUCUCGUAUCAGUUAGCCUUAGGGUUGAAUCUCGAAUUAUUCGUCUCUUGGGACUUUGAAGUGGCUCUAUUUAGUCUUUUGUAGCCUUAUCUAGGCUUUGCUCCCUUCUCUCUCAUUCGAGAACAGGCCAAGAGGAGGAACACACUCGAAGAGCUGCUGGGAGAUGAUGAUUCAGCAGCACCAACUGGUGGAUGAGACCAUGUCCAAUCUCACCUCUGCCUCCGGGGAAGCAAGCGUCUCUUCCAAUCAGCAGUCUUCCUUUGCCUCCCCAAACCCAAAUCCAACAAAGAAAAAGAGGAAUCUCCCAGGAAAUCCAGACCCAGAUGCCGAGGUGAUAGCAUUGUCCCCCAAGACACUGAUGGCAACCAACAGGUUUGUGUGUGAGAUCUGCAACAAAGGGUUCCAGAGGGAUCAGAACCUGCAGCUCCACAGGAGAGGCCACAACCUGCCAUGGAAGCUGAAGCAAAGAAGCAGCAAGGAGGUGAGGAAGAAGGUUUACAUAUGCCCAGAGGUGACCUGUGUGCACCACGACCCCUCUAGGGCCCUUGGGGAUUUAACUGGGAUCAAGAAGCACUUCAGCAGGAAGCACGGGGAGAAGAAGUGGAAGUGUGACAAGUGCUCCAAGAAGUAUGCUGUCCAAUCCGACUGGAAGGCUCACUCCAAAAUCUGUGGCACAAGGGAAUACAGAUGUGACUGCGGCACCCUCUUCUCAAGGAGAGAUAGCUUUAUCACACAUAGAGCCUUUUGUGAUGCACUGGCAGAAGAAAGUGCAAGGGCUAUUGCAGCAAAUCCUUUGGCCAAUCACCACACUAUCCUCUUCCCUCAGCCUGCAGCAUCCCAUGAGCCCUCCCUUCUCCAGCAAACCAUCCUCCAGAGGCAGUUUCCUCAGCUGGUGAGAGCCACUGAGGCCAACGCCAGCAACAUCAACGGCCAUGGCAUUCAACAAGAGCUCUCCCUGAAAAGAGAACACCAGCAUCAACAUUUGAACCUGAGAUCAGAUAUGCCACCAUGGCUGGCUUGCCAGGCACCCAUCUCUCUCGCCCACUUAGACCUCCCUUCUUCCGUCUGCUCCACAAGGUUGGACCGGGAAUGCUCUCGCGAGAACCCUGCCCCACACCCUCCUCUUCCUCAAGCCUUCCAAGCCCCAGCCUCGUCCCCUCACAUGUCAGCUACUGCAUUGCUCCAGAAGGCAGCCGAGAUGGGUGCAACCAUGAGCAGACCUCCACACCUAGGCCAGAUGGCAACUCACACUGCAAACGCUGUUGCCGUGCCCAACAGUGCUUCCGGCUUUGGUCUUGGCUUGUCUUCACACCAAUACAUGAAUGGUGGUGGUGGUGGUAGCUUUGGGAAUGUUUCACCGCCACCUCCUCUUCUGCAAGACAUGGUUAUGAACUCUCUCACCUCGACUCCUGGUUUUGAUGGGUCUUUCGAUGAUGCAUUCGGAGGGAUGCUGGGAUCCGAAAGGGAACCAGGUAAUAGCAAUAUGCAGAGCUCUACAAGAAGGCAUGGAAUGGCUGAGGAAGCUGGUGGUGUCGGUGGUGGGAAUGAUGGGAAGACCAGAGACUUCUUAGGACUGAAGGCCUUUCCCCACAGGAACAUCCUUAACUUGACUGCGCUGGAUCCUUGCAUGAGCUCCACGCCCUUUGAGCACCACCAACAAAGGUAAGAAGCCAUGGCGUGCAUGGUUAGCCCACUCCAAGAAAUCCGGUAUGGUUGGCAUCUCUUUCUCUCUAAAUUUUGACAUAGGAGAAAAGAAGGUAAUCGAUGGUUCAUACUGUUCAUCCCAGUUAUCAAAUUUCUGCUUCUGAACGAAGGUUGUGUGUCGGCUACCAUAAGAUUAAGAUUGCAAUGGCACUCUUAAUUUGUCGUCGUAUGAAUGUUCUGACAUUUGCUCCAGUAAUAAUUCCUCUUUGCAAUCAGCUUAAAAUAAUGAAACUUUCUUUUCCUCGACAA